CACCGAAUAGGACAGGAGAGGUACUCCAGAUAUAACAAACUGACCCUAGUCCCCCGACACAUUAACUACUGCAGCAUAAAUUUCACAUUCUUAGGCUUGGAAAUAUAGCCAGGAGAAGCAGGGUCAAGACCUCUACUCAUGCCAUAAGUACCAUGACAUCUUUAGUAACCACAGAGAGAUAAGACCUCUGUCUCCACAGUCUCAUCCAAAGGACAGCACCAACCUUAGGGCAGUGUCACUGGUAUUGGGGUCUUAGGUCUCAUUUGGACAAAGGGAAGAGAAGAUGCCCUUUACUGGUCUCCUUGCAAUAUCUGGUCUCCCACACAGAGAUGGAAAUCUACACCUGUUUAGACCUUGGAGGAAAUGGCUUCAGAUGAAAGACAGCAGAGAGAUGCAGAACGUAAAAGCUUCAAACACAUUGAUAUGCAAAUUCAGGACCAUUAUACACUGAAGUGGAGCAUGCAUCUGGUCUGAAGCAUGUCAAAAGAGUAGAAAUGAACUGGGACUGGAGGAAUACAUCACAUUUAAACUAAAUUAGCAUGUAUCUGAUUUAGCUACACUCAUCUGUACUUGAAUGGUGCUGUUUGAAACGUGCAUUUCCAAUAAAGCUUUUUAAAUUCCAAUUAUUUGUGUCAGACAGAUUUUUGUCUUAAUGAAUUACAUCAGGGGUUCUUAAACUUUUUACAUCAAGGGAAUAUUAUUAUACUGAUAUUAUCUUACCUGUUAUCAGCGGGGGGGAUUUAUUCUGCUGCUCUGGACUGUAUCCCACGGUAGGUGGCGGUAGUGAACCAAUAAAUAGUUGUAUUUUCGCCAGAAACCCAACCAGGCUGGCAGACAGUUGUUACCAUGCAACGAGCAGACGCUUGUGAAAAGUACUAGCUACAAAAUUGGCUAGCAAGUCAAUUGCCUGCUGCAAACCAUCUAUCUUCUAGAUACAUAGCGCGCGUGUGUAUGUUGCUAGUUAAGCUAACGUUAGCUUCCUAUUUAGCUAAGAAUAAUAUUUAUUAAGCCACCAACUGCAGCAUAGCUAGCUAACCUAGCUAGCAAGCAUCAAUACAUAAGUUCCCAACGUAACAACAUGGCAGACGGCUGGAGCACCGACACGGGAGAAGCUGUCUAUCGUUCCCGGGAUGCUGUCAAAAACCUUAAAAUGAAGAUCCGUAUUCAGAGAGUCACCUCCACAGCAGCCCUCUCCCAACACCUUCAGCAGCAGGUUUUGACUCAACAGGAGAGGGGAGGCAUUGAGCUGGACACCCUCAACUCACAGUCUCAAUCAGCCGGAGAUGAUGAUGAGGAGUUAGUGGUAGGCUGGCAGGAGAAGCUGUUCAGUCAGUAUGAAGUGGAUUUGUUCCAGAGUGAGUCAGUAUGCCAGACUCCACUGGAGAGACAAUACCACACAGAGAUCAUGGCUCAGGAGCGGACCAGGGGCAGACGGAACCGCAGGAUUUUUACCUACACCGAUUUUGACCGCUUCACCAAUUGGGAAGGGCAUUCUCAGAGUAUGGUGACGCAGGUGAAGUCCAACCCUACUUUCCUGGCAGAAAGGAUGGCCAAUGUCAGACACAGACGACAGGACAGACGCCCAGUUGACAGCACCAUCCCCAAGUCCAGGCUGAUUACCUGGGAGCCCUCGGAGGACUUUGUGAAGACCAGCCACGUGGUCAACACACCUGUACAGACCAUGCACAUCAUGGGGGACCUGGGACCACCGGGGAAACUUGGCCAAAAGGAGAAGGAAUGCUUGUUGUGCACGAUAAGAGCAGAUGGAAAUGGAGUGGUUACCAUCAAACCAGACUUCAACAAAGCCAAGGAGCCCUACAGAGUUGAGACGGAGGGGGAGAAGAGGGAGGUGUGGCGUCUAACCCUGGAGAACGUGUCAGAAGGCAUCAGACCAGAGGAGAAGGAACGGGAACAGCGCAUGUAUAAAGAUCUUUAUGUACGUCAUAAAGACUACCUCAACAGCUUGGUUGGCCAGGACUUUGAAAUGCCACCCCCUGGAAUUCUGCGUCUGUUGGUGAAUGGAGAAAUAGACUCAGCCAAAGGCUUUGAAUAUGACAACUUAUACGUCCACUUUUUCCUGGAGCUGCCCCACAAUUGGUCCACUCUGCCAUUCCACUCUCUCUCUGGCGUGACUCAGACAUGUCGCACAAAGACCAUAGGAAAGGACGACGUGGCUUUCUUCAGCUACCCAUUCAGCUUUGAGUCAUUCUUCAGGAGAGAGGAUGAGACAGAGGAAUCCCUCCCCCAAUGGCCAGUUCUGUACUUCAAAGUCCUCUCCCUGGACUUCUGGCAGCGCUACAGAAAUGAAGGCUAUGGCUACCUGGUCAUUCCUUCCACCCCUGGGAAGCAUACAAUAACAUGUCAUACGUGGAGACCGCUCCAGACGGGAACAGUGUCAGAACUGAGACGCUUCUUCAUUGGUGGAUCCCCUGAGCUGGAGGACUACAGUUACGUCAGAGUCCCAGGAACCUUCAAGGGAGAGCGGCUGAGUCGCUUUGGCUUCCGCACACAGACCACAGGCAGCGUCACCUUCAACCUCCAUUGUAUCCAGCACGCCAGGGCAUUUGUUGAUGCCAGCACCCUGAAGAAGAGGAGGCAGAGUGUUCUGGACCAGCUGGGAGGCUUCAGUCAGCAAGGUUCUGUCUAUAAUGUCCUGGAGGCAUUCCAGAGGGCCAGGAGACGGAUGCAGGAGGCCAGAGAGAGUCUUCCCAGAGACCUCAUAAACACUACAGCCCAACAAAACUCUGAGUCCACUGCAUAGACACGUACAUGGUUUACAUACAGUAUGCAGCACAGCAUUCACCUGUAAGAAAAUGCUGAGGAAAUUCCAUCUCCCUGUUCAACAGCCGUCUGUUUAUGUUCUGUAAUUUUGUAAUUAUUACUAUGCAUGUACACCUGUAUAGACUGAAUAUAUCAAACAUUAGGAACACCUUGGACCACCCCCCUUUUUUACUGAGACAGCCUAAAUUCGUCAGGGCAUGGACUCUAUAAGGUGUUGAAAGCAUUUCACAGGGAUGCUGGCCCAUGUUGACUCCAAUGCUUCCCACAGUUGUGUCAAGAUGGCUGGAUUUCAUUUGGGUGGUGGACCAUUCUUGAUACAUACGGGAAACUGUUAAGCGUGAAAAACCCAGCAGUGUUGCAGUUCUUGACACAAACCAGUGCGCCUGACACUACCAUACACUUAAAUGUUUUUGUCUUGCCCAUUCACAAUCUGAACGGCACACAAAUACGAUCCAUGUCUCAAUUCUCUCCAGGCUUAAAACUUCUUCUUUAACCUGUCCCCUCCCCUUCAUCUACACAGAUUUGAAGUGGAUUUAAAAGUAACAUCAAUAAGGGAUCCUGGCGUUCACCUGGUCAGUCUAUGUAAUGGAAAGAGUAGAUGUUCUUAAUGUUUUGUAUACUAAUUUUAUAUGUGCUUCUGAUACAGUAUUUUAAGAGCGACUUUAUAGCGCGGUGUCAGAUGAUAAAGUAUUUUCCAUGUUUUGUUAUCAUAGUUUGUCAAUUGAUUUUAUAAUAAAACUGAGAUAUACCUA